CUAGUAAAGUAAACAAAAUGUUGCUCCGUCGUGUAACAACACUACCCAAAACCCUACAAAACCUCCGGUUAUUCUCUCCGGCGGCGACAGCUGCUUUAGCUCUCGAUCAUUCCCUAGAUACCCAAUUAACAUACCUCCCUGGAUUCCCUCGACCCGAUCCGAAGUACGCUGAGACGAUCCUCGCCGUUCCAAGGUCUGUCUCGGGCAAGAGCAUAUCGGCGAAAGAGCGUAAAGCCGGUAGAGUUCCUUCGAUCAUAUUCGAACAAGAGGAUGGACAACACGGAGGAAACAAGAGGCUUGUAUCAGUUCAGACGAAUCAGAUCAGGAAGCUUGUGACUCAUUUGGGUUACUCUUUUUUCCUCUCUAGGCUCUUUGAUGUUGAGGUUCGAGCUGAGAUUGGUUCCGAUGAGGUCAUUGAGAAAGUCCGAGCUUUGCCCAGAGCGAUUCAUUUGCAUUCUGGAACUGAUGCUCCACUGAAUGUGACAUUCAUUAGAGCGCCUCCAGGUGCUUUACUGAAGGUUGAUAUCCCUCUUGUGUUCAUAGGUGAUGAUGUUUCCCCUGGAUUAAAAAAAGGAGCAUCUCUGAAUACGAUAAAAAGAACGGUAAAGUUCCUAUGCCCAGCAGAGAUUAUCCCUCCAUACAUAGAAGUAGAUCUUAGUCAAUUGGAUAUCGGGCAAAAGCUAGUAAUGGGAGACCUCAAGGUUCAUCCGGCGUUAAAGCUUAUAAAGCCCAAAGACGAACCCAUUGUUAAGAUUGCUGGAGGACGUGUUUCUGACCAGCAAAAGAAAUAAACCAGUGAGACAUAUUAACUGCGAUUAUCCGGUGCAACCCAAAUGGUAUUCAUACUUGUUUCUCUCAAACGUUGAUGAAAAAAUGAAUGGAACGAUCAUUUUAGGACUCAAGUUCCUAUCAAAUGAAGUUUAUUUUUGGUGUUAUUAGUGUAGCCGGAGAGCUAUAGUUUACGGCAGAAUGUUCUUAUCUUUUGAUUCUACAAUGCAUUUCUUUCUUUUGACA